AUGACGCUCAGGAGAGAAGAAGUGACAAGUUUGAUGGUUCAGUCGAUCAAAGUAUGGCAUGAAAGACUCGCCCAUCAAAACGUGAAGUAUGUGAGGGACAUACUGAAAAGAAAAGGUAUCAAGUAUGUUGAUGACUGGAAUAAUUAUGUGUGCACGGGGUGCUCAUAUGGAAAGCAACAUCGAUCCUCACACCCGAACAACCCCAAGACAGCCCAGCAGCCAUUAGAUCUUGUGCAUGUUGACACCGGCGAGAUGAACAUCCGAUCUCUAGGAGGAUCAAAGUAUUGGCUCAUGUUGAAAGAUGAUUUCACCCACUACCGAACCUGUUACUUUAUGAAGACGAAAAGUGAAGGCCCAGCGAAGAUUGAAAGCUAUCUAAGACUUGUAGAAAAUCAACUGGGAAGAAGAGUGAAAAGUCUGAGAUCUGAUAACUGCACGGAAUUGAAAAAUGCAAAAACGAAAGAGCUGAUGGACAAGUUGGGAAUCUUUCAUACCUUUACGAAUGUAGAUACACCAGAACAAAAUGGAAGGGUCGAAAGAGAGAUGAGAACGAUUGUCGAGGCAGCCAAGGCAGAGAUACAAGCAGAUUGUUUGGAUGAGAGACUAUGGGCAGAGGCAAUGAACCACGCGAUCUGCACGAUCAACCAGACAGGAACCAGCAACGUACCAGGGAAAAGUCCGGCAGAACUAUGGUUUGGAAGAAAAAUGAAAAUUGAGAAACUGCGACCUUUUGGAUGUGAAUGUUAUGUGCUGACUCAAGCACAGAAGAGAGGUAAGAUAAAUAGAAAAUCAGAAAAGGGAAUUCUGGUUGGCUAUGACAUCGAUUCGCCAUGUUACAGGACUUAUAUGAAAGAGAAGAGAGAAGUAGUCACUUCAGACAAUGUAAUCUUCGACGAAGAAAAGAUAAGACAGAGGCAAGGUACUGAACUUGAGACAUCGACAACAGAGGGCACACCUGAGAAGCAAGAAGAAAGCAGCACCGUAAGAUUGUCAAUUAAUAUUUUGUAUGCCGCACUUUUGGACUUACUAGAAAUCCCUAAAAAGAUAUCACCAAAGAACAUAACAUCCAUCAAGGAAUACAAGAAUAACACAUUCACUUUUACUGAUAUCGGUGGAUUUGGUAUGAUGCUCACACUUGGUAAAGAUUUACUGUAUUUAUAUCCGAAACUUUUCAAAAUAAACUCAUUGUAA